CACGUACAAGUACCCUUCCAAAAAGACAGACAUGUACAGGUUGUAGCAACACAUUACAUGUAGAGAACUCGACUGCAGUCUCUGGCCUUACCAUGUCCGAGACUGACAGCAGUGACGAGAGCAGUGAAGGCACCAACGAGGAGGAUUGUGCCACCAUCAGCAGUGAUGAAGGUACUGGUAUUAGUAAUGACAGUGUCGAGGCGACAGCGACAUCACUAGACACAUCACAUGCAACCCUCGUCCUUCGUUGGACGCAACAGAUUCCCAUCAGGUUAGGACUGUGUCCAUGGGCAAUGAAGUCUCAAAGCUUGCGACGUCUGAGAUGCACGACCUGUUUGGCGACCAGUCCAGCAGAUGUGGCGAAACAAGUUAUUUCGGAGGUCGAAAUGCUGUGUCCCCAAUAUGGCCUUGACAGUGGUACUGAUCUGGCAUGGAGCACUACCCUGGUAGUUUGCCCCUUUGUGGACGCUUGGAACGCCGAGUUUGGAGCCUUUGAUGGCUUUGUGAGAAGCCUUAGUAGGGAUCUGCAAUCGUUAUCAUUAUGUGAUUAUGAUGACCCCGCUAGGAGUUACGAGCUGCUACAGGAAGUCACCUUGGUAGCAUUCCAUCCCCGAUUCCUUCGUUGGCGUGCCCUCCCAGCAUGUGUGGACAUUGGUAGCACGGUCCAAUCGCACAAGGGCAUGGGUGGCUUCCGGAAGAGUACAGAAACAUUUCCUGCAACCAUCAUUGACACAACCACACCUGUAUUUGGUCGACGCAAGAUCAAAAUUCGGUUUCAUCAUGACAGCAAAGAGCAAUAUGUCCCAAUUGAUUGGAUUGUAUUUGAACAGGAUCAACUGUUGGGUGAGCCAUUACCGGAUAAUGCCAUGCAUCGAGCCCCGUAUCCCACAGUACACCUGAUACGGAAUCAGGAUCUGGCAUCCCUGUGUGUUAGGAGCGUGUCUCUCGAGUCAAGAGGAAAAACGCUGUUCGCAUGAUCAAACUUGGGUGGGACGGUAUGCAAUGGACUGAUGAAUUGGCCAAAGUUUCCCGGGAAGCUGCAGCUGAUGUUCUUUCGAGGUGACAAUAACAAUCUACCUUUCUAUGGGAUGUCAGGGGCGGACCAAGUCCCGGGAAUACCUUGGUGUUUGCCAGCUCAACCCUAUCAAUAGGGUAGCAAGGGAUGGGCAUUAUCACGACCGAUGGAGUUAAAGUUGAGUCGAGUCGAGUUGAGUCAAUGUUGUUGCAUGAAUACAUCUAUUUGUCGUGGUUUGUUGUUUCGUUCGCAAGAACAUCCUACCCAAAGUUGUGGGAUUCAUUGAGAAGAUGUUCCUGUCUUCGCAGGUGGACACUAGACUAAUGUAAUUUUCUGUACUAUAUCCUUUCUUCCUCUGAUGUUGACGAAUGCGUCGUUGGUAGCGAAUACGGUAUCAUAACAGCUUCAGGAUGCUAACCAAGAAACGAAGUGCCUCACGACUACCGUACCAGUACCGUACUGUUGGCGCGGAUACGGCGUAACUGCAAAACUGGGUCCUACCUUAGCUAACCAACAGAUAAAGAUCGCUAUUUUGUGAAACCUCAACAUAAAGAAUGUCCUCCUGACAACAGUCCUCCAAGAACUGCGCCUCUUUUCUCGCUUCCAUGUUUGCCAAAUGCUUGAUUCCGUUAUCAAUCUAUGUCAAUCAGUGUAUUGCAGCCAACCUAGAUCUCCUGCUGAAAGACAUAAGUUUGACACUGGACACCACUCCCUGUCAACGAGGUACUGAAUUGGUCUAUCUUCCAGCCAUUCAUUUCGAUCUUGUUCAAUAAAUCGUGAACCUCCAGGUAGUAUCCCUUGCUUAGGACGCAGUCAUUGCCUUUCCAAAUGCAAUAGAACUCCUCUUGCGGUUCGUCGUCUUCGGCAUCUUCUGGGAACUCAACGCACAGCGCAUCUUCCAAAUGAGCUUUGAGGGUAUCAGGACAACUGAGCACAAAGCGGGCCAGUUGGAGUCCAUCGGUAGCAUUAAAGGACAACACAGCGAACGGCAUGAUGAUUCUUCUGUUACUUUUUGUGCAACAAUUCAACUGGAAUGAGGAUGCGUAAGCUGAUAAGCUGAUCGAUUAUGUCUACCCGUAAGAGUGCUUUGGGGUUUGGGGACCGGUGUCUCUUCUUUGUGG